CCUCCGCCGGCCCUGCAGAGGGAGCUCUGGCCGCCCGGCAACCGCCCAGGGAAGAGGCCAUGCCGCCCGCCGCGCCAGCAGACCCGGACUUCGCCUUGUGCCAGGCUUUCGUGCGCUUGAAAGGGAUGGCCGUGCUCGCCAUGGGUACCGGAGUGGCCUUUGCUGUCCUCAGGAAGCCCCUUCCCCUCCCCUGGAGCGGACUCCUCUCUCUGGCUCUGGCUGCCUUACCCACCUACGCUGUUACCCGGAAUCAGCUGAAGAACUGUGCUGACCAGUGGGACUUCCAGACCCCUCCCCAAAGGUAGCCCGAAGGUGAGCAUUGGGGGGGGGGGGUCGAAGCUGUUCCAAAGGCUGCAGCCACAUUACGGAUAUCUCAACCAGGCAGGGCGUGGAGGCCUGCUCAGGAGAAGCAAUGCGGUCCCUUGGGGUUUCGUGCAAUGUGUGAACAAGGUUGUCGGGGGCCAAGUGUUGCGUUGAGUGUCGAGCUGCUCCUAGCUCGGCCCCUGGCAAAGGCUGGCAGAUUUUAUGCCCUUGGAAUAAAGGACACUCAGAGA